CGACCGAAUGCCUCCCCGCCGUCGCCCCGUACACACAGUCGAUAGCAUCGACCAGCAACUCCAGCAGAUUCACCUUCUCGAUCCUUCCUCCUCGUCUGAAAACCUUGAGCAACUGGGCCCUAUCAUCAACCAGAUUUAUUCCAAUCGACAGCAGGAAGCCUACCUUCGCAAUCUUCAGGCACUCGUCGAGGCAAAGGACAGCGAGAUUGAGCGUAUAUGUACAGAGAACUACCAAGAGUUCAUCUCGUCUGUCUCCACCUUGUUCACAGUCAAGUCUUACACUACAAGUCUACGUGACAAGAUAGACACUCUAGAUGCCAGUGUGGCUCAGGUUGGCAAAGGCGUGCUCGAGAAGAAGAAAGCCCUUCUCCAAUCCAAGAAGACUGCUGCAAACCUUGACGAGGCUAUAGAUACUCUUCAGGCGUGUCUCAAAGUCUUGGACGUCGUCAACCGUGUUGGGGAUAUGAUUAGAGAAGGAAAGUACUGGAGUGCAUUACGAUCUCUAGAAGACAUUCAAAACAUGCCCUCCACCUCGCUAUCCCAAACACCCUUCUAUCAGCACCUGCUUUCCUCCUUACCAUCGUUGCGAACACAGAUUCAGGAUGCCGUUAUUGCAUCCAUGAAGCAAUGGCUUCUCGAGAUCCGUAACGUCAGCGGUCAAGUGGGCCAACUGGCUUUGGAAGCUAUGGAGAUUCGAUCGCGAAAGUGGCGGUCAAAGCGGGAGAAGGAUUCUCUUCUCCGGUUGAGCCGCGUGGGGAGUGCUGUUGAAAUGGUUGCACACGAGAGGACUGAUACUAGUCCCCUCGAUAACGACAAGCUUCAAGUUGACUUCAAACCAUUGUAUCAAUGUAUACACAUAUACACAUCGCUUGACUCUCUCGAAGUACUCCGAAAGUCAUAUCAAGGUGACCGGAAAGCGCAAUCUGAUCUUAUUCUACCUUCACCAUUCCCGUUGUCCUCGCUUGUUUCCCUGACGCAAGAAGUAUGCGGAUUCUUCAUUAUCGAAUCUCACGUCCUGCAAACGACUGGUAACUUCAGAUCGGAGCGAGAAGUCGAGGAACUUUACGAGGCUUUGCUAACACGCUUCACGUCAUCUAUUCAAAGUACCUUGACCGACCAAACGGAGCCUGACACCCUGCUGAAAGUCAAGGAAUGUCUGGUCAGCUUAAUAAUGACUCUUGAGUCUUACUCGUACCCUACGCAUGCGCUAAACUCUUUCGUGCUGUUGAUGUUCCAAAAAUACUCUACGUCGCUUGAAAGUCAGUUUAGCCGGCGCUUUGAGAAUAUCGUCCUUCAGGAUGAUGGGAUAGCUAUGGAAGCAGGUACAGCUUCUGAACGAGACACUAUACUGGGCGUUGUCUGGAUAAGUCCUGCAGAGCAAGAGCGGCUCAUGGAGGCUUCACUUCCCUUGGUUCUUCCAUGGUCACAAAGCUUCUAUUUGUGUUGCCAGGAUAUACGGUUAUUCGUACAGAAGUUCUAUCAGUUCAUUGAAGGUGUCUCGCAACACCAUGGCAGUAUUGACGAUUUCCUGAACAAAUCACUAGAUAAAUUACUUACAAACCAUAUUAGCGAAAAUAUUAGUAAAAGGUUAUUUAGUAUCCCUACGCUCUCGCAGGUCGCGCAAGUUGUGUCCGACCUAGAACACUUCCAAGCGGCCUCCCCCGAACUUGAGCGCUCACUGACCACUCUUCGAUCAACUCAGAGAGGUGGCACAAUUCGUCUUGGAUCUGCCACUUCCUUUGGUAACACGCAGACGCGCGCAAUCACGCGAAUUACUGGGCUCAUCGCUUCCAAACUGGACGAUUUCUUUGAGCUUGCUGAAUACGACUGGACGCCAUCCCGGCGUGAAAACAUGCCUAGCAUGUACCUUUACGAACUUGUAAACUGGCUUACCACUGUUGUGGAUUCACUCAUCAUCAAGAACGAGUACAUCGACCAAGCGUAUGCAGGAGCUGUCGCGUAUAUUGCAGAAUGCCUACAAAACUUCUUGAUCGGACCAAAUGUCAAUGCAAUGAAUGAGAACGCUGUUUCGAACAUUCUCGUGGAUAUCGGGUUUUUGCAGGACGAAUUCAAUCGUAUUGGACGUAGACAUUUGAAUGAGGUUUUUGCAGAACUACGUGCAAUGGCAAGCAUCGUAUUGAAUGACAACGUGCAAGACUAUCUCUUACCUCAAGUUCGCAAGACAACGUACGGCAUGAUCAAGCCAAAGAGGUUACAGACACUGUUGGAAAAGCUUGCCAAGUAUGGAUCCUCGUGCAGAGACGGACCGUCUCGGGAGUUGGGCGAAAAGAGACGAAAAGAAGCUGAUGCAGUUGGCCGAGUAUUUCCGGGGGAGAAUCGGUGACCUAUGUUUAUACUGUCGACAUCACAAGUACUUACCCCAACAAAACGAUGACAUAUACUUUCUCAACAACAUUAGUGCAUAUUAACAGGCGGGGAUCCGCAAUGACCAGGCGGUAAAACCCUCUACAGAUGAGUGAACGUAAAGAUAUAAAAGGCACUCCAAUAGAAAGAAACAGAGCGACUAAAAUCGAUGUAUAAUUUUGGUCGAGGAUCAUGGCGGAGUCCAUACAGCGCCAAGCAACUUGAAAGACCCAGAAACAAGAUUGCACAUCAGCACAUAUCGCACAACAUCGUAACAUCGUAAUCCUUUAGGCCGAUCCGCGACGCUUAAUGUUAGUCGCGAGCCAUUCAAGACCCUCGUAAAGACCGUCGCCAGAUGUGGCACAAGCAGCCUGAAUAUACCACGUCCUUUGUCUGAGCGCCUG